AUGGCCUCCGGUACUCGAGAUAGAGGUAGAGGGCGAGGACGAAACCCUGAAAGGGAACAUGAACAUGAGCCGGAUCAAGUAGCUACAGCCAUUCAGCGGAUGGCUGACCUGUUAGAACGAAUGGUUGACCAGCAGGGUCAGGACCAUGGGAAUACUACAGGAAACCCUGGAAAUAAUCCAGGCAAUCACGAGGGAGAGGACCGGGAUUUAGAACGAUUCCAAAAAUUUGCACCUCCAAAGUUUAUAAGUGGACCUAAUCCUGACCUAGCAGAGAGUUGGAUGGACCGUAUGUUAGAUAUAUUUGCUGCGCUUAGGUAUUCGGAUGAGCGGCAGAUAUCAUUUGCUGUUUUUCAUUUUGAAGGGGCCGCCCGAGCCUGGUGGAAUAUCAUUAGAGCCAAGUGGGAGCGGGACCAGACCCCUUGGACAUGGGUUAACUUUACACGAGAAUUUAAUGAAAAAUAUUUACCUCCCAUUGUACAAGAGAGACGUGAGGAUGAUUUUAUCCGCCUGCACCAAGGGGCAUCCAGUGUGGCGGAGUAUGAAACUCAAUUUACAAAACUCUCUCGCUUCGCUCCGGAAUUGGUGCUAACGGAGCAAAAGCGAAUUCGCCGCUUUGUCCAAGGCUUAAAUGUGGAGAUCCAUGAGGCACUAGCAGCUGCUCAGUUGGACACGUUUAGCCAGGCGCUAGAAAAAACUCAGCGGAUUGAGACAGUUAGGGGACAUGUAAAAGCCUUUCAUGAUCGGAAAAGGAGACAACCCGAUUCGAGCAAUUUUGUGACUGGACAGAGUUCGCAAAGUGAGCUACCUUCUAAGAGGGGUCGAGGAACAGAUGGUCCCCGACCCGCAGGAACCCUAAACCAGGGUAAUUUUGGGAGAGGUCGAGUAGGGCAAGAGCCCCAGAGGAGUGCCCAGCGUGGAGGGUCAAGUGCGGGCAUUAAGCCAACCUGUGGCUUCUGCGGGGCCAAUCACAUCGACGAAAACUGUUGGAAGAACAGUUCGAUCCGAAAAUGCUAUAAAUGUGGUAGUGCAGAACAUUUGAUUGCCCAAUGCCCUAAGAUGCAAAAAGAAAGACCUAAGCCACCGACUGAAGGGACCGCAGCUAAGCCGUCGAGUGUAGGGGAAAAUCGACCCAGAGGACCAACUAGAGUCUAUGCAAUGAGUCAACAGGAGGUCACUGACCAUCUGGCGGGCAUCUAA